GGGAAAAGACAAAGUUUGGGGCGGCAUUCUUAGAUGGCGCCAGGAAGCGAAGAACCUUGAAAGUGGUAACGAGAGCAUUGGUUACUAAAGUUUCUAUAAACCCUGACACUAAAAUAACUCGAGGGGUUGAAUUUAUACACCGAAACCAAACAUUUCGGGCGUUGGUUACAAACGAAGUUAUUCUGUCUGCGGGUGCUAUUAAUUCGCCCCAGCUCCUCAUGUUGUCAGGAAUAGGACCCAAACACCACUUAGAAGAACUGGGGAUAAAAGUACUCGCAGAUUUGCCUGUGGGUCAAAAUCUUAUAGACCAUCCAGUAUUCUCUGGACUCAGAAUUCACACCCAGGAUAGCAUACAACCUCCGGAUUUUGCAACCAUGGUCGAAGAGUUCACACAUGCUUUUGGCCCUCUUACAAAAUCAUACAACAUGCAUGCUCUUAUGUUCAUAAAUACUACAAACGUUUCUGACAAACUACCCGACGUGGAAUACAUAUUUGUGCCACCUUCAGGAAACAAUGAAGCACAGAUGGUAAGCAAAAUAUUUAAUUCGGACAAUAAACUGACCCAAUUUCUGGAAGAAAUCAACCCGACUAACGACAUAUACGUUGCUGUUGUACUCCUCCACGAACACUCAAGAGGCACAGUAACCCUAAAGUCAACCAACCCGCUCGAUUUUCCAAAAAUCGACACCAACAUGCUUGCAGAGCCAGAAGACGUCGAUACUUUUAUUAAAGGUAUAGAGUUUGCACUCAAGUUGUUCGAAACUCGGGUUUUUAGGGAAAUCAACGCCGAACCCAAGUUAAUUCAAUUUUGUAAGGAGUUUGGUCAAGGUUCAAGACAAUAUUGGGAAUGUGCACUGCGUCACAUGACUUUAACCACGUACCAUCCGUGCGGUACUACCGCCAUGGGGAUCGAUGGUACCAUGUCGGUGGUAGACAGCAAAUUGAAAGUCCACGGGAUUCGGGGUUUGAGGGUUGUGGAAGCAGGAGUGUUUCCGUCGAGCGUUUCUGGCCAUAUCAAUGCGCCUACUGUUAUGGUGGCGGAAAAAAUUUCAGACGAUAUUAAGAGGAAGUACGGUUUUGAGGAAAAUACCGAAGGCGGAAUUAAUCACACAGAAAUAUAACUAUGCACACAAAAAAUUGCAUUACAGUUAAAUUGUGCAUGAGUGCCUAAUAACGAAUAUGCUCUAUAAUUAUAUUAUCGACUACGGUACUCAGAUAACAAACAAAUGUAAGUUAUGUACUUAAAGUUUAAAACGGUAAAAUUGCAUAGUCAGUCAAUAAAGUUAUACCAAAUGAA